AUGGCUGCUGGUGGCAAUGGCAAGGCCUUGGACUUUUUCAAAGGAAAUGAGAUGGGAAAACUCAGCAGCUCUGGACGUCCAGUGGACUACACCUCCAAAGUUGCCCAGAGGUAUAAGGCUCAGCUGGAUGCCGAAGCGAAGAAACUUUGCGAGAAGUACAAUGUGAGUGCCAAGAGCAGCCAGGCCGACUUCGGCUUUGAUGCCCCAACCAAGGUGCCAAGCAAUACUCUCUCAGCGCCAUCUCCUAAGGAUGCUGGAUACCCUGAGGAGGAAGUACUACAACGAGGCAAGUCAGCACCUGCUGUGGUCACUCACACGAAGCCAUCUGCCCCUUCUGUGCCACAUAGCCACGUGGUGCGCAAGGCGGAUCCUGCUGUGAUAGCAGCAAAGCCUACAGGCUUUGUGCCCGGUGGCAAACAGAUGGCGAAGGAGAUCGACUUCGAUUUUGACUUUGACGACCUUGAAACUGAGGCCUCAAAGCCAAAGCCGGCGCCCGCGCCAGCACCAGCCGCGCCGACGCCAGCGCCUGCACCUGCGCCUGUCCCUGCUGUACGGGUGCAGUCUGCCGGUGCUGAGCAAAACGGAGCCAACAAAUUCGCAAACAGGAAGGGCAUUUCCUCUUCAGACUUCUUCAACGAGAUGGAACCAGAAUCCGCGCAGCAAAGAUUGGAUCGGGAAAACAGGCCCUGA